AUGGAAGACAAUGAGGAAGAACCUAGUUCACGCCCAACUCUGCCAUUACUAGGACCAGAACCUGCCAAACCCAUUGCUAAAGUGGACUCUUCGGAGAAUUUAGAAACAGAUUGCAUUGGAGAAACUCAGCCAAAUCCUGAAAUGACCAUUGAAAAUGAACUUCAGAGGUUCCUGGGAUGCAAGAUCUUAGAAAAAGACCAGAAUAUCACUGCUUUUGAAUGGUGGAAAUGUGAUGAACAAUUUUAUCGUAGACUUGGAAACACCGCAAGGAAAUAUUUAGCAAUGCCCGCCUCAUUGGUUUCCUCGGAGAGGGUUUUCGGUUUAUGUGGAAACCUUGUCAACAAAAAAUAA